CAAGGACCUUUUACGUCCCUCGUGUCAUAACAUGUCGUCUUUGAGUUGAUGUCUGUCUACUUCCAGCAGAAUUAACCGUGUGAGUCGGGUAGUACUUUGCUGCAGCCAUGCCUCGAUACGAGCUGGCCCUGAUCCUGAAGCAGAUGCAGCGGCCGGAGACGGCGGCAGCCCUGCGGCGGACGGUGGGGACUUUGAUGGAGCGGGGAGCGUUGGUGAGAGACCUGGAGAAUUUGGGAGAGAGACGGCUGCCCUACAGAAUGACCAAACACAACCAGAGGCACAGCCGGGGGACCUACUUUCUGGUGGAUUUCUACGCAGCUCCCAGCAUACUCACGGGUUUUAUGGAUCACCUGCACCGUGAUGUAGACGUUGUGAGGCCCACUGUGCUGAAGAAAGACACCCACGUCCCCCACAGAAACUGCUGUGGCCCCCAGAAGUGAUUUAAUGUUCUCACAGCUCAUAUCCAGAAGAUGAAUCAUGUGACGCUUCCCUCUUUCACCUAUUUCAACAGCUAUUCAAUAGCCGUGGGCCUGAAAUUGGCUAUAAUAUCACAUGUCAUAAUAAACUGCUGUUUUCUAUCUAGU